CCCAGCGCCCGCCGGGGCGCGGCGGUGCGGGCAGUCGGUGCGGGAGCGGGGCCGGGAGCGGAGCUCCGCGGAGCCAUGACCUCCCGCAGGUGGUUUCAUCCCAACAUCAGUGGGAUUGAGGCCGAGAAGCUCCUCCUCACCAGGGGUGUCCAUGGCAGCUUCCUGGCUCGCCCCAGCAAGAGCAACCCCGGGGACUUCACUCUCUCUGUCAGGAGGAACGACGAGGUGACCCACAUCAAGAUCCAGAACACGGGGGAUUACUAUGACCUGUAUGGGGGGGAGAAGUUUGCCACCCUGGCAGAGCUGGUGCAGUACUACACGGAGCAGCAGGGGCUGCUCAGGGAGAAGAACAGCAACGUCAUCGAGCUCAAGUACCCUCUGAACUGCCAGGACCCCACCUCGGAGAGGUGGUACCACGGGCACCUCACGGGCAAGGAGGCGGAGAAGCUGCUGACGGAGAAGGGGAAGCCGGGAAGUUUCCUGGUGAGGGAGAGCCAGAGCAAACCGGGAGACUUCGUCCUGUCGGUGCUGACCAACGAGGACAAGCUGGAGAGCGGGGACAGAAAACCACACGUGACCCACGUGAUGAUCCACUACCAGCUGGAUGGGAAGUACGACGUGGGGGGAGGAGAGAGGUUCGACACGCUCACAGACCUGGUGGAGCACUACAAGAAGAACCCCAUGGUGGAGAAGUCUGGAGCUGUGGUUCACCUGAAGCAGCCCUUCAAUGCCACGCGCAUCAACGCAGCCAACAUCGAGAACAGGGUGAAGGAGCUCAACAAAAUGGCAGAUCACAGUGAGAAGGCCAAGCAGGGAUUCUGGGAAGAGUUUGAGAUGCUGCAGCAGCAGGAGUGCAAGCUCCUGUACCCCAGGAAGGAGGGACAGCGACCGGAGAACAAGGCCAAGAAUCGCUACAAGAACAUCCUUCCCUUUGACACCACCCGGGUGGCCCUCAGGGAUGUGGAUGAGAGUGUUCCUGGCUCAGACUACAUCAAUGCCAACUACAUCAAGAGCAUCCCUGAAGAUGGAAGGAGCUCGGAGCACUGCAAGGUCUAUAUAGCCACCCAGGGCUGCCUGCAGACCACCGUGAACGACUUCUGGGCCAUGGUGUACCAGGAGAACACCCACGUCAUCGUCAUGACCACCAAGGAGGUGGAACGGGGCCGGAACAAAUGCUUCCGUUACUGGCCCGACAAGGGCAGCACCAAGGAGUUUGGGGGCAUCUGCGUGCGCCACGUGAGCGAGCGCGAGGCCCAGGGCUAUUUGCUGCGGGAGCUGGAGAUCCUGCGGCCGGACAGGGACGAGCGGCCCAGGCUGGUGAGGCACUACCAGUACUUCAGCUGGCCCGACCACGGGGUGCCCAACGAGCCAGGAGGGGUUCUCAGCUUUCUGGACCAAGUGAAUCGGGCGCAGCGGAGCAUUCCGGGCACGGGGCCCAUCGUGGUGCACUGCAGUGCUGGCAUAGGACGCACAGGCACCAUCAUAGUGAUCGAUAUUCUGGUGGAUAUCAUCCACAGGCAAGGCCUGGACUGCGACAUCGACAUCCCCAAGACGAUCCAGAUGGUGCGGCGGCAGCGCUCGGGGAUGGUGCAGACGGAGGCUCAGUACAAGUUCGUGUACAUGGCAGUGCAGCAGUUCAUCGAGGCCGAGCAGAAGAGGCUGGAAGAAGAACAGAGGAAUAAAAGGAAAGAACGAGACUACUUGAACAUUGGCUACCCUCCCAUGGAAAAGGGCAGAGCCAAAGGGCAGCCCCCCUCCCCACGGACCCCCUCUGGGGUGGAUGAGGAGUCAGCUUCCGUCCUCUACGAGAACCUCAACAUCAAAAGCCCGAAGGUUUCAGGGAUGAGUAAUUCAGGGCGAUAGAGGAGCUGUGUGGAGGCUCCACAGGAUUUCCAGUGUUUACGUCCCCCCUUCCCAAGUUCUGCGACUGAGGACAGUUUUGUUUGCCUGUCUUGCCUUCCCCAAGCACCUUGGAUUUGGAGAGAGGAGGGGAGAAGCUGCCCGAGAACCUGCACCUAAGAACAUGCCUUAUCCUAACUUAUUCAUGAGAAGGAUCUCCUCCCACUCUCCCCCUGCCUCAGUAGGUUGAUAUUUAUGUGAAAGUGCCUCUGGACAUUCAUUAGGGCAUCAAGGCUCAGCUUCA